GCGGGGGCCGCGGGGCGCCGGUCGCCGCCGCAAAUUGGGCCGGCGGCGCGCGUGCGGCUCUGCGCAUGUGCGGGAGGCGCCGGAGUUUCCCUUUGCAACUUUUCAGGGCCUGGGGACACCGCCCCGCCCGGCCAGGUGGAGCCCGCCGCGCCCGCGCCGCAGGAAAGCCUCUGAAGGCUGGUGCUCCCUGGUCCUGGGGUCAGGAAGGCCCCGCAGGAAAGGAGGAGCAGGCCCAAGGCAUCUUGGAAGGUGGCUGGGGCCACCUCUGUCUGUGCCAGAGCGGGAGGGGGAGCCAGCUCCAAGUGAGGACAUCUCUGAGGGACGUGCCCACAGUCCUUCCUGCUGGGAGGACAGGCGCGAUGAGCGGCCCCCGCCCCCUGGAGCUGUGGCAGUCCAAGGCGGUGUCCGUGCGCGAGCGGCUGGGCAUCGGGGACCAGCCCAACGACUCCUACUGCUACAACUCGGCCAGAAACAGCACUGUGCUGCAGGGGGUCACCUUCGGCGGCGUCCCCACCGUCCUGCUCAUAGACGUCACCUGCUUCCUGUGUUUAAUUUUGGUGUUUUCCAUCAUAAGAAGGAGAUUCUGGGAUUAUGGCCGCAUUGCCCUGGUGUCAGAAGUAGACAGUGAGUCCAGAUUCCAGAGAUUGUCGUCAUCUUCCUCUUUCGGGCAACAAGAUUUUGAAAGCGAGCUGGGAUGCUGCCCCUGGCUGACCGCCAUCUUCCGCCUACACGAUGAACAGAUCCUGGAGUGGUGUGGGGAGGACGCCAUCCACUACCUGUCCUUCCAGAGACACAUCAUCUUCCUGCUGGUGGUGGUCAGCUGCUUGUCCCUGUGUGUCAUCCUGCCUGUCAACCUCUCGGGUGACUUGCUGGACAAAGACCCUUACAGCUUUGGGAGGACAACAAUAGCAAACCUGCAGACGGACAAUGACCUUCUCUGGCUGCAUACCAUAUUUGGGGUCCUCUACCUCAUCCUCACCGUGGGCUUCAUGCAGCAUCACAUGCAGUCCAUCCGGUGCAAGGAGGAGAGCCUGGUGAGGCGGACCCUGUUCAUCACGGGCCUCCCCAGAGACACCAAGAAGGAGAGUGUGGAGAGCCACUUCCGGGACGCGUAUCCCACGUGUGAGGUGUUGGAUGUCCAGCUGUGCUACAACGUGGCCAGGCUGUUACACCUGUGCAAGGAGAGGAAUAAGGCGGAAAAGAGCCUGAGCUAUUACACGAACCUGCGGGCGAAGACGGGCCAGUGGACCCUCAUCAACCCCAAGCCCUGCGGCCAGUUCUGCUUCUGCGAAGUGCCGGGGUGUGAAUGGGAGGAUGCCAUCGCUUACUACACGCGCCUGAAGGACCGGCUGACCAAGAGGAUCGCCGAGGAGCAGUGCCGGGUCCAGGAGCGGCCGCUGGGAAUGGCCUUCGUCACCUUCCAGGAGAAAUCCAUGGCCACCUACAUCCUGAAAGACUUCAAUGCCUGCAAGUGUCAGAGCCUGCAGUGCAAAGGUGAGCCCCAGCCGUCCUCCUGCAGCAGGGAGCUCCGCACCUCCAAAUGGACAGUGGCCUUUGCCACUUACCCCGAGGACAUCUGCUGGAAGAACCUCUCCAUCCAGGGCUUCCGCUGGUGGUUCCAGUGGCUGGGCAUCAACUUCACUCUCUUCGUGGGGCUGUUUUUCCUGACCACGCCCUCCAUCAUCCUGUCCACCAUAGACAAGUUCAAUGUCACCAAACCCAUCCAUGAGCUGAACGACCCCGUCAUCAGCCAGUUCUUCCCGACCCUCCUGCUGUGGUCCUUCUCGGCCCUGCUGCCUACCAUUGUGUACUACUCCACGCUGCUGGAGUCUCACUGGACCAAGUCGGGAGAAAACCGGAUCAUGAUGUCAAAAAUCUACAUAUUCUUGAUCUUCAUGGUGCUGAUCCUGCCCUCCCUCGGCCUCACCAGUCUGGAUUUUUUCUUCCGGUGGCUCUUUGACAAAACUUCCUCAGAAGCUUACAUCAGACUGGAGUGCGUCUUCCUGCCCGACCAGGGCGCCUUCUUUGUGAACUACGUCAUCGCCUCGGCCUUCAUCGGCAAUGGGAUGGAGCUGGUCCGGCUGCCGGGCCUGGUGCUCUACACCUUCCGCAUGUUCAUGGCCAAGACUGCGGCCGACCGCAGGAACGUCAAGCAGAACCAGGCAUUCCAGUAUGAGUUCGGGGCCAUGUAUGCGUGGAUGCUGUGUGUCUUCACCGUCGUUGUGGCCUACAGCAUCACCUGCCCCAUCAUCGCGCCCUUUGGCCUCAUCUACAUCCUGCUCAAGCACAUGGUGGACCGGCACAACCUCUACUUUGCCUACCUCCCAGCCAAGCUGGAGAAGAGGAUCCACUUGGCGGCUGUGAACCAGGCCUUGGCUGCUCCCAUCCUGUGCCUCUUCUGGCUCUGUUUCUUCUCCUUCCUGCGCCUGGGUCUGAAGGCCCCCCUCACCCUGUUCACCCUCCUGGUCGUGCUGCUCACCAUCCUGGUCUGUGUGGCCUACACCUGCUUUGGAUGCUUCAGGCACCUCAGCCCACUGAACUACAAGAUGGAGGACUCGGGGAGCGACAGAGGAAGUGAGGCAGACGCCCCCCGGCCGGCACCCUUCACGCCCUACAUGCCCCGGAUUCUGCAGGGCUUGUCCUCGGAGAGAACUGCCCUGUCCCCACAGCGGCGGCAGACCUACGGCACCAUCCACAGCAUCAGCGGGACUGUCCCGGGGCAGUACCCGGGGGCCAGGGACAGUGGAGCCCCUGCCUACCAGGAGGCCUGAGGGCAGCCGGGCCAGGCCUGGAGCCGGGAGAGGAGAGCCAGGCGGGAAAGCGGACUGACUCGGGCCCCAACUGUUUUAAGCACGGCUGCUCUCAAGAGAUGGAACUGGAAAGGUGCGCCUGCCCUUGGCCGAGGAGGGCAGGCCAGGACGACCAUCGGGUGGCAAGCGCUGGCCUUUCUGGCCGAGCAGCUCUGUGCUCCUGCUGGCUUGCGGGGGGCCCAGCAUUUCCAGGUCCCCCUCCUGCACAAACGUCCAACUGUGUAGCUGGGACGCCGUCCCGGGGAGUUGGUAUCAUCAUGUGUUGGAGUUGUGCACCCACAGCCCCGUUCACUGUGGUGAUGGUGUCAGGUACAGGGCAGGGGAGAGUGCAGGAGCCCCCCGGAGCCCCCAGCUUGAGGCACACACUCAACCAGCGCAUAACCAAAGAGCCUGCGGCCAUCCAGGCUGGAUGGGGUCCAGAUGAGGAUGGCGGUUCAUGCCGGCUCCCCUCUCCGAACCCAGCCCAACCCCCUCCGGUCCCAGGAGUCCGCUGUGGGAGCAGGAAGGCCGUGGGCCAGUCUGGGUUGGGUGGGCUGCGACUGCAGCAGGAAGGGCAGGUGGCCCCUUCCUUUUCCUCCCUGCGGGGGUGGGGACGACAGCCUCCCACGGCCUCCAGGGGCACGGGGGCGGUGUGCGUGGGGGCCCACCCCGCAGGGGCCGUGUCCCAGGACACGGGGAGGGGAUGGAACGUCCUGGAGCCAGCAGGGUCCCCUCCCCAGCCCAGACCGCCGACCGGCCAGCUGUACUGGGGGGCCCCAUGUCACCUGGUUCCAGCCACUCUCAGGAAUAAAAUCGUUUAUUAUCUCU